AAAAGACAGAGAAGCAAGUUCAUCAUGUGCAACUUGGUUGACUAGACCCUUUUCAGAAAGCAGCCUGGCAUCAGAACUGUUAGGAGGAGGCAGCUUUUUAUGGACUAAAUGAAAAAGUGAUAAUAAAAAAAAUUAAUUGUUGUCAUAGACUAAAAGAGAACUUUGCUUUGACAGUGUGUCCAGAGUACUUUGUUCUAAUUUUCCUGACAUUUCCCCUUGUGUGUUUAAUGAGGAUAUAUGCAUAUGAAGCAGAAAAGUGUGUAUCAGCAAACACAAGCACUUCUGUGCAAGAAUUUUCUUAAGAAAUGGAGGAUGAAAAAAGAGACCACUAUGGAAUUGCUGUUCCCAAUACUUCUAGGUCUAUACAUGGGACUAUUUGCUCAUUUCAAAGAAAAUAUCCAUUUUCCUGGAAUGUCACCUCACAACUUUGGAAGAGUAGAUGAAUUUAAUGAUACUAUUUAUCUUAUAUACACACCGAUCACUAAUAUAACCCAGCAAAUAAUGAACCAUACUGCAUUUGCUUCUUUUUGGAAAGAAGGAAGAGUUAUCGGAGCACCAAAUCAAAAAGAUAUGGAUAAUUUACUAAUAGAACAUUUUCCAUUUGUGGCAGGAAUCAUUUUUAAAGACCCUCUCUCUUAUAGUUUAAAGUUUUUCCAAGGAUAUAACAUUCCAUUCAUACAGGAAGAUCUUUUUUCAGCUCAUUGUUGGAGUUUCAAUAAUUUAUAUGUUUCAUGUUUACUGGGAAAAUACUGGAAUAGAGGAUUUGUGGCUGUACAAACUGCAAUUAACGCUGCUAUUAUACAAGUCAUGACAAGUCACUCUGUGACAGAAGAGCUGAUGUCAAUUACUGCUACAACUAUGAGGACCUUACCCUUUAUUUCUAAAGACCUUUUCCAAAAUGAAAUGUUUAUUUUAGUCUGCUUGCUUUACUUUUCUCCACUGAUAUAUUUUGUGUCACUGAACGUAACAAAAGAAAGAAAAAGGAGCAAAGCCUUGAUGAAAAUGAUGGGUCUGCAAGAUUCAGCAUUCUGGCUCUCCUGGGGUUUACUCUAUGGUGGCAUCUUGUUUAUUUUUUCCAUAUUCAUUUCAGUUAUAAUCACAGCAACCCAAACUAUAGUCAUGACUGGUUUCAUGGUGAUAUUUUCACUCUUUUUCUUAUAUGGCUUAUCAUUGAUGGCUUUAACAUUCCUCAUCACUGUGUUGCUAAAGAAAACUGUCCUCACCAACUUGGUUAUAUUUCUCCUCAAUCUCUUUUGGGGAAGCAUAGGGUUCACCGUAUAUUACCGACUACUUCCUUCAGCUUUGGUGUGGGUUAUGAGCAUUUUCAGUCCCUUUGCCUUCUCUGCUGGGCUGAGUCAGAUUAUCCAUACAGAACGUAACAUGAAUGGUGUAAUGUUUCCUGACCCUUCAGGAGACUCAUAUAUAAUGAUAGCAACUUAUUUUCUGCUGGUUUUCGAUACGUUUUUCUACUCAGUAUUGACUUUAUACUUUGACAGAAUCUUGCCGUUUGGAGAUGAGCACCAUUAUUCUCCAUUAUUUUUUCUGAACUCAUCACUUUGCUUCCAAAACCAACGGGCUGAAAAUAAGGUUAUUAAGAAAGAAAUGGACUUGGAAUAUCUCUCUGAUGAUUCCUUUGAACCUCUGCCCCCAGAAUUCCAAGGAAAAGAAGCCAUCAGAAUCAGAAAUGUUAAAAAAGAAUUUAAAGAAAAAUCUGGAAAAGUGGAAAUAUUGAAAGGUUUGUUUUGUGAUAUAUAUGAAGGUCAAAUCACAGCCAUUAUGGGUCGGAGUGGAGCAGGCAAAUCUUCACUACUAAAUAUUCUUAAUGGUUCAUUUGUUCCAACAGAUGGUUCAGUUACCAUCUAUAAUAAAAAUAUCUCUGAAAUGCAAGCUUUAGAGGAAAUCAGAGAGAUAACUGGCUUUUGUCCUCAAUUCAACGUUCACUUUGACAUGCUCACUGUGAAAGAAAACCUUCGACUCUUUGCUAAAAUCAGAGGAAUUAAGCGACAGGAAGUGGAACAAGAGGUACAAAAAGUCUUGUUGGAGUUGGACAUGCAAAACAUUCAGGAUAGUCUGGCUUCAUAUUUAAGCGAAGGACAGAAAAGAAAGCUGACCUUUGGGAUUGCCAUUUUAGGAAGUCCUCAAAUCUUGUUAUUAGAUGAACCAACUGUGGGACUGGAUCCCUUUUCAAGGCAUCAAGUAUGGAGGUUUCUCAAAGAGCACAAAGCAAACUGUGUGAUUCUUUUGAGUACCAGCUUCAUGGAUGAAGCUGACAAUCUGGCUGAUAGAAUAGCAGUCCUGUCCAAUGGGAAAGUGAAUUGUGCAGGCUCUUCUGUCUUUUUGAAGAAAAGAUGGGGUCUUGGAUACAACUUAAGUUUACACAGAAAUGAAAUAUGUGAUCCAGAAAAGAUAACAUACUUAAUUAAUCAUCACAUCCCUGAUGCUAAAUUAAAAGCAGAACUCAAGGAAAAACUUGUUUACACUUUACCUUUGGAAAGGACAGAUACAUUUCCAGACCUUUUUAGUGAACUUGAUAGGAGUAUUGACCAAGGUGUGAUGAGUUACGAUGUUUCCAUGACAACUCUGAAUGAAGUCUUCUUCAAAAUGGAAGGAAAAUCAAAUAUUGAAGAAGAUUUUAGACAAGGAGAAAUGACAAGAGUAAUAGAAAGCCUGCAAGAAGUGGAGUCACCUUCUUCUUUCACUGAAACAUCAAAGAUCAUGAGUCACAUGAGUCUGUGGAGACUGCAGGUUUGUGCAAUGGCACAGCUCCGAUUCUUAAAAUUAAGACGUGGACAAAAGGAGCUUUGGACCCUAUUAUUAGUAUUUGGAAUUGCAAUAUUCCCAUUAAUGUUGGAAAAGAUAUUUCUUGCUUCAAUAAAGCAAAAGAGUGAUUGGGAAUUUAAAUCUGAGUCUUAUUUCCUCUCACCUGGACAACUUCCACAAGACCCUUGUACCAGUCUACUGAUUAUCAAUAAUACAGGAUCAAAUAUUGAGGAUUUUAUACAAUCAUUAAACCAUCAAAAUAUACUUUUGGAAGUAGAUGACUUUGAAAAUAGAAAUGGCACCGAGGAUCUGUCAUACAAUGGAGCUAUCAUCGUUUCUGGGAAACGAAAGGAUUACAGAUUUUCCGUUGUGUGUAACACCAAACGGCUGCACUGCUUUCCUAUCCUGAUGAACAUCAUCAGCAAUGGGUUACUUCAGAUGUUCAACUUCACACAAUCUAUUCGAACUGAGAGGGGUACCUUUCCUUUUAAUUUUGCAGAAAUCUGGACUGGGGUGUCAGCAAGCAUAUUCUUUUUUUUAGUUGUGUGCAGCAUUUCUCCUUACAUCGCUAUGAGCAGUGUCAAUGAUUACAAAAAGAGAAGGACACCCCAGCUGUGGGUUUCAGGCCUCUACCCUUCAGCUUACUGGUGUGGUCAGGCACUGGUGGAUGUCAAUCUCUUUACUUUGAUUAUCCUUUCAGUAUAUUUAACUUUAUUUUUAUCAAUUGUGACUGAAUACCCCAUGUUUGAAUAUCAACUGAUACCAAGUCAUGUUAUAUUUAACUUGCUUUUCGCUACAUUUGGUUUUGCAAUUUCUAUGGUCUCCAUGACAUAUGUGAUAUCAUUUAUUUUUCGCAAGAAGAGAAAAAAUAGUGUGUUGUGGUCAUUUUGCUUCUACUUUAUCUUGGUCAUUCUACAAGAAAUCAUUACACUUGGAGUCCAUGAACCUCUCUUAAUUACUUGCAUGGUACUAUUUCCCCCAACUACCUUGUCUGUAUAUAUAGUUUUGUUGUCACAGAAAAUCCACAUAUACCAAUUUCAGCCUCAAGAAGCACAUUUCAGCAUGCCAUUAAUGGAUUUUCUAUUAUCCCUAAUACCUUACUUUCAGAGUUUGUUAUUCAUUUUUGUUCUGAGAUUCAUGGAAAUGAAGCAUGAAAAGAGAAUAAUGCGAAAAGACCCUAUUUUCAGAAUUUCCCCCCAAAGAAAUCCUCAUCAGAAUCCCGAAGAGCCCAUAGAUGAAGAUGAAGACGUUCAAGCAGAAAGAAUAAGAACAGCAACAGCCCUGACCACAAACUUGGAGGAGAAACCAGUUAUACUUGCUAGCUGUCUACGCAAAGAAUAUGCAGGCAAGAAGAAAAGUUGCCUUUUAAAGAGAAAGAAGACACUGGCAACAAGAAAUGUAUCCUUCAGUGUUAAAAGAGGUGAAAUUUUGGGACUGUUAGGACCCAAUGGUGCCGGCAAAAGCUCAUCUAUUAGAAUGAUAUCUGGAGUCACCAAACCGACAGCUGGAGAGGUGAAACUGAAGGGAUAUAAUACAGGUUGGGAUCAGCAGGAGGAUGGCAGAGUCAAAUUCCUGGGCUAUUGCCCUCAGGAGAAUGUGCUGUGGCCGCACCUGACAGUGGAGGAACAUCUGGAAGUGUUUGCUGCAGUCAAAGGGCUGAAGAAAGCAGAUGCCGUCAUUGCCAUUUCACGAUUGGUGGAUACUUUCAAACUGUAUGAACUGCUGAAUGUCCCUGUGCGGAAAUUAAUGGCAGGAACUACUAGAAAGUUGUGUUUUGUGCUGAGCCUCCUGGGAAACUCAUCUGUUUUGCUUCUGGAUGAACCAUCUACAGGCUUGGAUACAGUGGAACAGCAACAAAUGUGGCAGACGGUCAAGGCAUCCAUUAAAACCACAGAUAAGGGGGCCCUUCUUAUCACUCAUUAUCUGACUGAAGCUGAAGCCAUAUGUGAUCGCAUUGCCAUCAUGGUAUCUGGAAGGCUGAGGUGCAUUGGUUCCAUUCAACACUUACAAAGCAAAUUUGGCAAAUAUUACAUUCUAGAAUUAAAAGCAAAGGAAAGCUCUCAAGUGACCUUGCUCCACUCUGAGAUUCUGAAGCUUUUCCCACAGGCUGUACAGCAGGAAAGGUAUUUCUCCUUCUUGAUUUACAAACUUCCCAUAGCAGAUGUCCAACCUUUAUCUCAAGCCUUUCACAAAUUAGAAACAAUGAAACAUCGUUUUAACCUGGAAGAAUAUAGUCUAUCUCAGUCUACUUUGGAAAAGGUUUUCUUUGAGCUUUCUAAGGAGCAAGACCAGGAGGAUUUUGAUGAAGAAGUUGAUACUACUGUCAAGUGGAAACUACUCCCUCACUCAGAUGACCCUUAAAUCCUUGAGUCAAAUAAUCACCUUUUCACAUCACUUUUUUCAGAUAAGCUUAACGUUGUAUGUAAUGUUAUCAGUAUGCACAACUUAAAAAUCACUAACAUCAGCAUUAGGUGUAUUUUGUAUAUACAGCUAAUAAAUGAAUACAUUUAAAAAUUAUUUCCCUCAAAUUUAGGGAUGAUGGAAAGCUCAAGGACCCACGUAAGGAUCCCAAUUCAAGCCUGGGCUCCCCACCUGCAGGGGAGUCGCUUCACAGGCGGUGAAGCAGGUCUGCAGGUGUCUAUCUUUCUCUCCCCCUCUCUGUCUUCCCUCCUCUCUCAACUUCUCUCUGUCUUAUCCAACAACAACGACAUCAAUAAAAACAACAAAAUAACUACAACAAUAAAACAACAAGGGCAAAGAAAAAAGGGAAUAGAUAAAUAUUUUUUAAAAAAAGAGUUGGUGAGCCUCCAGCUCCCCACCUACAAGGGGAGUCGCUUCACAGGCAGUGAAGCAGGUCUGUAGGUGUCUAUCUUUCUUUCCCCCUCCUCCCCUCUUCCCCAUUUCUAACUGUCCUAUCUAACAACGACGACAACAAGAAUAACUACAAUAAAACAAAUAGGGCAACAAAAGGGAAUAAAUAAAUAAAUAAAUAUUAAAAAAUAAUUUUAAAAAAAAGAGUUGAAGCCUGGAUGCUCAAGAAAUAAAACCACAAAGUGGAAUUUUUUUCAGGAAUUUUUUUCAAAGGAUCUUUUUUAAAAAAAAAAUGGGAAACUUACUAAAAAUGAUAUUACUGAAAUAUUUAAGGGAUAUGCUCAAGGACCAGAGGCUGUGUGGGUGCUGAGCGGUACUUUGAGAUGAUGUUUGUGUUGGUUGUCAUACCCAAGGACAAGACAAGAGUCUUCCUCUCAGAUUAUUUGGAAAUUACUUUGAAAUUCACAGCAUUUAAGAGACGUAUGGAAUCACAAACUGAUAAGAUUUAUACUAGAAAAUUGGCUCAAAAAUAUAUGUCCAUGAAACUGAAGCACUGGCUCAGUGGGUAAAGAGAAGGCUUGGGUAUUUGGAGGUUCCGGGUUUCAUCACUGGCAUCACACACUAUUUCAAAAGAAGGGGAGUCACAACAAAAAUUUUCAGACUUUGAAACUUUAGAAAUGAAUAUUGCUGUUUUUAAGUUCUCAUGCUUGUGUCAGAUGCUGAUUUCACUAUUAACUCAUCAGUAAUUUCCCAUGUAUUUAUUGCUGCUGUAAGAUUAUUUUCUUGUCUAUAUGUAUGUUCAUUAUACUCACACAUGCAUAUCUUUUGUAUAACUCGAUUGAAAACGGUUUUGCAUAUUAUUUUCCAUACACAAUAGUUACAUUGUUUUUAGUAUCACCAGGGAAACAAUUGAGGGCCAAACAAUAUUUUGAUCCUUUAUUAAUGAUACAUAAAUUUAAAAAUUUGUUUCAUUGAAGAAAAUUUGAAUGGUUGGGGGGGGGAUUAGAAAUGGAAAGGACCAGGUGGUGGCACAUCUGGUAGAACACAUAUACGAUAGUGCCCAAAGAUCCAGUUAAGUCCCUGGUAGAACACAUAUACAAUAGUGCUCAAAGAUCCAGUUAAGUCCCUGGUAGAACACAUAUACAAUAGUGCUCAAAGAUCCAGUUAAGUCCCUGGUAGAACACAUAUACAAUAGUGCCCAAAGAUCCAGUUAAGUCCCUGGUAGAACACAUAUACAAUAGUGCCCAAAGAUCCAGUUAAGUCCCUGGUUCCCGCCUACAGGGAGAAAGCUUCAUAAGUGAUGAAGCAGUAUCUUUCUCUCCCUGCCUGUCUCCCCCUCUCCUGUCAAUUUCUCUCUGUCUAUCCAAAAUGAACAUCUAAAUAAAAAUUGAAGAAAGUUGAAGGAAGAAGUACCAUAAUUGUUGUACAGAUAAAUCAACCAUUUUCUCCUUUCUUCAGUGAAUUUACAUAGAACCAUCAUUAUAUACUUAACGCUUCUAAUUAAUAGAUGUGCAUACUUGAUGAUAUAAUAUUGAAGCUAUUUAAACUUACUUUUAAACUGAUAGCAAAAUUUCAGCCUUAUAUGUUUUUAUUUUAUUUUCAACUCCAGUUUCACCUAAUUGGAGACCUAUUGAUUUACAGGUUUUUUGUCACAAGGGUAUAUUUCCAAAUUUCUCCAGGAUGUGUGUCAGCACAUUUCACCAUCAUUUCAUAUUAUUUUGUGUUAUUUGUAUUUGCUGCUCAUUUAUCUUGUGGUAUAACUCUUCCAUUUUAUGAGAUUUUAUAUAAUGAAAUAUUUUGUAAGUAUAUUUUAAUAUAUAUCACAAUUAUAUCUGAAACAUUAAAAUUCCAAAUCUAUGAGUAGCCUACAAUUUCCUGUUCAUUUUGAAGCCUUUAGUGCUCUGUAAAAGCACUUCCAUGAUAUAAUGAGUUGAAUUUCUAAAGCUCAAAUAGUAAAUUCUUCUGUCUUAUUCAAAUGUACACGGAAUCACUUAUUAUUUCAUAUAACAAUAUGAUGAAACUUGCUUAUAUUCUUUAUAAAUUAUUAAAUUAAGCCAUUACAUAAAUAUGUCUACAAAGUACAGAAUAAGUAAUAUAAGUUAUACUGACGACCUUAAAAGAUUAAGUUGAGUGUAGCUUGCUAAAAUCAUACAUAUGAUUGCUUAUGAAGCUAUUAGUUUCUAUGUUUUAUUAGGAUUAUAUUCAAGGUUAAAGCAUGAAUAUGAAAAGUGGCUAUCAGAAUAAAAUAAGAUAUAAAAAAUUAAAAGAGUUGUAUCAUUUCUAACAGA